CUUGUCUUUCAUUCUCACAAAGGGUUGUGGUGAAUACCUUCAGUGCUCGAAACACUCCCUGAUGAUCCACAUGCUUGGGUUGAAACGUCGCCACCAAUGAAAAUCUUAAAAAUGGCUGCGUUCUGACUAUUUAUCACCCAUGAUAUGAUGAAGGUGAUCAUGUGCUGGCUUGCCUAUCGGAAGAUAAAUUGUUGUGAUGUAUUCUACCAGAUGUGUACCGGGAUUUAAGAGGGAGCGUAGUAUUAUCCACCAAGGCUGCCAUUAACAACACAGUUUCUGCAAUUAAACCUAUCAAUGGAUAUCGAAAGAGCUGAAGGUGAAAGUGGCCGUGGUAGCCAACGAUAUAUAAAGGAGCCAAUCGUGAGCCUCGCCCUCUUCAGCAUCUCAAGCUUAAGAAGAAAAGUUGUUUUUGUAAAGGCAAGAUGAAGUUGAUAUUAGCUGUUAUCUUGUUUAUUGCCAUCAUUAUUGCCAAUUCUGUUUAUAUUAAUGCCGAUGAAAAUGAUUGUGGUUUCAUCGCAUUGCUAGAACUUCAGGCUAUAGUUCAAUGUUCAGAUGUUCACCAAAUUAGUAGAGAAGCUGUUGAGGGUAUUUUAAACCAUGAUUUCGUUCUUGAUGAUCAUGAAGUUAAGUGUUGGCUUAGUUGUGUUUUGAAGAAAUUAGUUGUUAUCAAAGAAGGUAAAAUGGAUUGGGAUUAUUUCAAACAUCUCAUCAAACACUGCCUUAAUAACCAAGAUGAUAAAACCAAAGUUGAUAAGCUGAUCCGGAAAUGCAAAGCUGAAGUUUCUCAACAACAAAAAGACGUAUGUGAGCUAGCAUAUUCUGCAACAGCUUGCAAAAUCAGCGCCUGGAAGGAGCUGGGCCUUCCAUAAUGAAUUUGGCCAUCUUCUCUAACAGGAAGGAAAUGGACCUGUGAUAUGUGGGUUGUGUCAACUAUACAUCACUUGUAUUUUUAUUAAUAAAUAUAUUCCACUAUUAACC